CCCGACGCCUCCAGACCCCGGAGGUCAGACUUGCAGGCCAACAGGUGGACGGACCCACGGCCUCCCUGUCCUCUUCCGACAGGGCCAACCCCGGCGGUACUUCAGCCUUGCCAGGCUGCGGCGGGCGCAGUGCGGAGCAUCCUCCCCGAGGUGCCUGCUGCUGCCCGCCCCUUCUCCCGCUCCCUCUCGCCUGCUGGCCCUCCUCGCCUCUCCUUCCCGGAAUUGGCAAGCCCCCAAAUCUCGCCAGUGCCUCUUAGCAGCCUCCCCUUCCUAGUCCCCGUGCCUUCCCACGCGCCACGACCCCCUCGCGGCCAUGAGCGCCCCCAUCAGCAAGAGCCGCUCCCUCGCCGCCUUCCUGCAGCACCUGCGCAGCCUGGGGCAGCCCCCCAGACCCGUGACGUCUGCGUCGGGCGCGCCCCCUCAGCCGCCCAAGGUGCCCCUCUGCCCGCUGAUGGCACCGGGCGACAUGCAGAACGCCACCGCCCUGCCUGGCCCCACCAAUUGGCCACUGCUGGGCAGCCUGCUGGAGAUUCUCUGGAAAGGGGGUCUCAAGAAACAGCACGACACCUUGGCGGAGUACCACAGGAAGUAUGGCAAGAUUUUCCGCAUGAAGCUGGGCUCCUUCGACUCGGUGCACCUGGGCUCGCCCUGCCUGCUGGAAGCGCUGUACCGCACCGAGAGCGCGUACCCACAGCGGCUGGAGGUCAAGCCCUGGAAAGCCUACCGCGACUACCGCGAGGAGGGCUACGGGCUGCUGAUUCUGGAAGGAAAAGACUGGCAGAGGGUCCGGAGUGCCUUUCAAAAGAAAUUAAUGAAACCAGUGGAAAUUAUGAAGCUGGACAGCAAGAUCAAUGAGGUCUUGGCUGAUUUUAUGGGGAGACUAGACGAGCUCUGUGAUGAGCGAGGCCACAUCGAGGACUUAUACAGUGAGCUGAACAAAUGGUCAUUUGAAAGUAUCUGCCUGGUGUUAUAUGAGAGGAGAUUCGGGCUCCUUCAGAAGAAUGCAGAGGAUGAAGCUUUGAACUUCAUCACGGCCAUCAAGACAAUGAUGAGCACAUUUGGGAAGAUGAUGGUCACCCCUGUGGAGCUGCACAAGCGCCUCAACACGAAGAUCUGGCAGGACCACACUCUGGCCUGGGACACCAUUUUCAAAUCAGUCAAGACCUGUAUCAACAACCGGUUAGAGAAAUACUCUCAGCUGCCUAGUGCCGAUUUCCUCUGCGACAUUUAUCACCACAAUCAGCUUUCAAAGAAAGAAUUGUACGCUGCUGUCACUGAGCUCCAGCUGGCCGCUGUGGAAACGACCGCAAACAGCUUAAUGUGGAUUCUCUACAAUUUAUCCCGAAACCCGCAAGUGCAGCAAAAGCUUCGUCAGGAAAUCCUGAGUGUUUUGCCUGAGAAUCGGCCACCACGGGCAGAAGACCUGAGGAACAUGCCGUAUUUAAAGGCCUGUCUGAAAGAAUCUAUGAGGCUCACGCCGAGUGUACCGUUUACAACUCGAACUCUUGACAAGGCGACAGUGCUGGGCGAAUACACUUUACCCAAAGGAACAGUGUUAAUGCUCAAUACCCACGUGUUGGGGUCCAGUGAAGACAAUUUUGAAGAUUCAAGUCAGUUUAGACCCGAACGUUGGCUUCAAGAGAAGAAGAUCAAUCCUUUUGCGCAUCUUCCCUUUGGCAUUGGGAAGAGGAUGUGCAUUGGUCGCCGGCUAGCCGAGCUCCAGCUCCACUUAGCUCUCUGCUGGAUCAUCCGCAAAUACGACAUCGUGGCCACGGACAAUGAGCCUGUUGAGAUGCUGCACCUGGGUAUUCUGGUACCCAGCCGGGAGCUCCCUAUUGCUUUCCGCCAGCGAUGAGAUGUCUCAGAUUUUCUUUUUAACCAAGAUGAAGAACCGCAGCUUUUUCUCUUCGGCAAGAAAGGUGCUUACAGCUUCUGCAUUGCUGGGAAACAAACUUCAAAAACCAGAGCACGCAAGAGCGUUCAUUUAACAAUAUCUAUGCCCGGGCGUUUAUAUUGUCUUCUGUCCAAAUGUUCCAGAAGCUGCACUGUAUUUACAUGGCGUUUCUCCAGGUCGCAUCCAACUCAGUGGACUGAGCGCUGGGAGACAAGGCACGCUGGGGUCUACUGUAUCUUCAUUUUGAGCUGGUGUCUAUACCAUCCUCACUGACCCAGAAGGCCUCAUGCUGAUCCUGUUUUUUCUGGCACCUUCUACGUUACCAAGGGAGGCUAGGCACUUGUCAAUCAGUUCAAUUUCACUUGUCAAUCAGUUACUAAAUGUGCCAGCCCCUGGCCUACCAAAUUCAUUAUUCAAAUCUUUCGUUUUCAAGAGAGCGUUUACAUUUAACAAGGAAAAGCCUACCAUAGCCGAGUGACCUGGGGUCCAAGGUAAUAGUGACAAUCCACUCACUGCCACGCUUUGUCAUGUAAUAGUCGGGAAAAUACCGGUCACAUAACGUCAGCAAUGCUAAAUGUUGGUUAAAGUUACUGUGCCCCUCAAAAUAGUUUUUCCUGAGGGCCAGCAUGUGGUAUGGCAGUUAAGGUGCUGGAUUUCCACAUGACUGUGACUGUGGUUCGAGUCCUGGACUUGGCUGCUUGAAAAUCAUGCCAGGUGCACAUGCAUGCAUGCCCA